GUUCGCCGUUUUGAACCCCGUAUCACCUCGUCACUCGGAUUCGGAGCAUAGGCACGUCGCGAACUGCUGCCAAAAAAAUUACAAAAAAAAAACUACAAAAAAGCAAAAAAAAACAAAAAAAAAAGGACAAAACCUAAAAUAUAAAGAAGCUAAAAAUAAUUAAAAAAAACAAUUAACAAUCGGCAAAAUAUAUAAUUAUUGAAGUUUUAUAGAUCGCGCCCGCGCAUCUUGAUCAACAUGGAAUCAAAAAAUUGUUACAACUAUAUUCCUCGACUGUUCGAGUCAUCGUUAUUGGAAAAAAUUGUAUUAGUUUUUAAAUCAUUAUCGAACACUCGCUUAUAAUAUAUAAAAUUCAAAAGUUCCUCGUUUUCAUUACAGUUAAUCGUACUCAAGGAUAAUAUAUAUGUAUAAUAGCGAUUUGUAGGAACUAUACACGCGUCUGAAAAUCAAAUUUUUAGAUAAAAAAACGUAGAAAAAUAACACGAGCUUUCAAUAAUCCUUCAUUUAUCAAAGGAAAUCAAAAAGAAUACGUAUAAUAAGACAAAUUAUCUCUUAUUUAAUCGAAAAAUCGAAAUGGUUUUUUCUUUUCUCAAUUCACUUUUCUAGCUAGGUAUGGAAUAUAAGCGUAGAUAUAAUAUUUGACAAAGCUUAUUUGUUUAUUUGAUUUUUUCAAUUUUUCAAUUUAUUCUCUUAUUGUAAAUUACAUUUUCACAUACAUACAAACGCAUAUAUAUUCAUAGUACAUUGUUAUCAGUAUUAGAACGUUUUAGCCGAUAAAAACGUCGAGUGUUUUAUAUAUAUACCUAUAUUAAAACCGAUACAGUAAAUCGUGCGUGCAUCAAGUUUUUCUUUUAUAAUUUUUACUAUCUGUUUAAUUGGAUCAGAAAAAAAGAUUAAAUCUAUAAAUGAACAUUAGUAGAGAAAUGAACUGUAAUAAAUAGAAUUAUUUUCUUCUUCGCGAAUUCAAAAAACCAAAGAACUGAAAAAAAAUCAAACAACAAAAAGAAAAGAGCGGAAAAAAUGGAGUCAAAAUUGUUCGAAACUGACCGUGUUGUCGGUGAUUUUUCUUCUAUUACUAUAAAUAUCAUACGUUCGGUGCUAAAGUAGUAGUAAAUAUAAAGAGUUUUAAAUUUUCCGCGGAGUGUUGUGGUACGUACAUAGAAAAAAUAACAUAGUAAAUAAAAAAUUCAAUUGAAAUACAAAAAAGGAAGGAUAAAAGAAAGGUUUUCUUCAACGUUGUCGAAGUUCUAAUAUAAUUUCCAAAGGGAAAAGAGAGGAAAAAAUUCUACAAAAAUAACAUCGCGUACCUUCGAUACAUUAACCGGCGGUAAAACGAAUGCGUAAGAGUUAUUGGGUACGAUGUAAUAUAAGCGUAUAUAGGUAGAAUAUACUAUCAUCGCGUUCCUGCGAUUACUUGUAUAAAAAAUCAAUCAAUCAAUAAAUAACAAUUACCUCGAAAAUCGAUCGAUAUAUAUAUAUAUAACUUGUACACAUCGCUUCGAAUGCAGCAGUAACUUAUUUUAUCUCGUUAUCCUACUCAAUCACUUUUAAGCAUAAAUAAGUGCCACAAAUUACAUUAAGUAGAAACAAAAAUAAAUGAAUCAAUAAAUUAAUGAAUAAAUAGAUCAAUUGAUUAAAAUUAGAAUAAAAAAAAUUGUAACCGUAACGUAAAGCGACAACAAAAUGUUGAGUCCAAAAAUGCAACGGACCGUAAGGGUGAACGAUGCUCAGCUCGUGAUGCUAUCAGAGAGAGCACAUUUUGAUCAUUCUCUCGCCGGACAUCUUCACAAACGUACAGCUGAUUCGGCUAAGUGGCAGCUGCGAUGGUUCGUCCUUUAUCAGAAUCUCUUGUUUUACUACGAAAGCGAGAGUUGUUCGAGGCCAAGUGGUGUCGUUUUGCUCGAGGGUUGUUACUGCGAACGUCUAAUAACAGCCAAAGGAAAGGAACCCGAUAAACAGCAUUGCUUCGCCAUUUCUUACCGAAGGGAAAAUCAACGUCAGUACGAACUACGCGCUGCUACCGAAGCAGAUUGUGGAGUUUGGAUCGACGCGAUUCGAGAAGCCAGUUUCAACAAGUUGCUGCUGCAGAAGGAGGAACUUGAGCAAAAACACCUUCACUUACUGCAGAUAGUUGAGAGCGAGAAAACGGCUAAGUGGCAGUAUACCCAACAGUGUGAGGAACUUGCCUCAGAGAUUAAAAAACUACGAGCCGAGUUAUGCGCCUUGAAGAAACAACUUCGCCCUGCGACGGUCGCAGCUCCGGCUUACAUCGGUUCCUCUGAGGGAGUAGGCGGUUUUCGAGGGGUUUCGGGAUGCACGGUUGGAAGUGGAGAUCUUGGACCGGCUGUUGCAGGACUUGCAUCGGGUCCGGCAUGCGUUGACGACGAAGUUAGCGCCCCGGAAGAAUCUCUGGAGGUCCGAAAGAUCCUCAAAGUCCAGAGUUUCUUCAGGGGAUGGCUAUGCAGGCGUCGAUGGAAGCAAAUUGUUGAACAAUAUAUAAAAAGUCCCCACGCGGAGAGCAUGCGAAAGAGAAACAGUUUGGUUUUCCAAAUGGUGGAAGCGGAGGAGGAAUACAUGGAACAGAUGGAGGCUUUGGUCAGUUGUUUUUUACGCCCUUUCAAGAUGGCGGCGAGUUCAAAAAAACCACCCUGUAGCCACGAGGACGUUAAUAGCAUCUUCCUGAACAGCGAAACUGUCCUAUUUCUCCAUCAAAUAUUCCUCAAGGGUCUGACAUCGAGGAUGGAAAGUUGGCCGACUCUAGUGCUGGGUGACCUCUUCAAUAUGCUAUUACCGAUGUUGUCGAUUUACCAAGAGUACGUCAGAAACCAUCACUACAGUCUUCAAGUCCUUACCGAAUGUAAACAAUCCUCGCCAUCGUUUGCAGCGCUUUUAGCUCGAUUGGAAAACAAACCCUCUUGCCACGGUCGGUCUCUUGAAAUCUUCCUCACCUACCCCAUGCACCAGAUUCCACGGUACAUCAUCACGCUACACGAACUGCUAGCUCACACCCCUUACGAUCACGUGGAACGAAAGAGUUUGCAGAAUGCCCGACAACAGCUGGAAGAUUUGUCUCGUCAGAUGCACGAUGAGGUGAGCGAGACUGAAAACCUGCGAAAAAAUUUGGCGGUGGAAAGAAUGAUCGUCGAAGGCUGCGAUAUCCUGCUGGACGUGAAUCAAGUCUUUGUCAGACAAGGUUCUUUGGUUCAGAUUCUUGGAGAUAAGCCACGCGGAGCUCGAAGCCGUUUAAGUACAACAUUUGGUGGUAGUUGGGGUGGCGGUGAUAAGGAAGCUCUGAGACAGUGUUUCUUAUUUUCUAAUCAUCUGAUUCUAACGACACGGCAAUCGAGCGGGGGACGUCUCCACCUUGUACCAGAAGUCGGCAAAAUUCCUCUAGCCGAUGCCCUUCUCAUAGAAGAUCCCAGCGACCAGGGCGUCGUUGACGACGAUGAGUCGUCAGUCUGUUCUGUUUCGAGCCUGUCGAGCGGUAUCAGUGAGAGUAGCGGUAGUGGAAGCGGAAGUAGCAGUUCCCAACUUCAGACUCGAGAUUUCAAAAUCAUUUUGGACGUAAAAUCCGGGGGACCGGAGGUCUCCGUUCAUCUCAUCGCUCCUACUAUGCAGGAAAAGGCCGCUUGGAUAACCGACAUCAGCCAGUGCAUGGAUAACGUUCAUUUCAAUGACCUUCUUCACGGCUCGUUGUCGGACACAAGUUCCGUCACGAUGCCUCAGUCGAUCAGAAACGAUCCGAAACUCUUCAAAGAUGACAUCGACAUACGUUUCAGCCGGACAUUGAACUCAUGCAAGGUACCGCAAAUCCGUUACGCCACGCCAGAACGUCUCCUGCAGCGUUUAACGGACUUGAGAUUCCUGAGCAUAGAUUUUCUAAACACAUUUUUACUCACCUAUCGGGUAUUCACCGACGGCGUGACCGUUCUCGAGGCGUUGAAGAAGGUUUUCUACAACAGCGAACCUCCGGAAUGUCAAAUUGGAACUGGGUCCGUAAUGUCUCUCGAUGUCCUUGGAAGCACUUCCGGUGAUACCGCUCUUCCGCCUUUGGACGAACGUCGUCGAAACAGCGUCAGUCCGCGAAGAACAAGCGGCGCAAGUUCCGUUUCCGGUUACGGGUCAGAGGUGAGCGAUAGCCAAGGAGCGCGGAGCCACACCUACCACGACUCGAACCUUGGAGCCCUUAUUUCCAACCCAAAGGCGCACUGGCGGUCUGGCUACCGAAAGCUGGAAGAAGAUCAGCAGCUUGGUCUAAUUUCCGAGGCACCGCCGAUCAUAAGACGCAGUCCAACCCUCCAAUCUCCCGGACCAUCUUCCGGAAGACAAUCUCCAGCAACUCCGAGGAGGAUCAGUGUCAGGGUCGACAACAGUUCAGAAGACGACAGGUGCCACCUGACAAUUCCGAAAGUGAUCGCCGUCUCAUCCAGUGCCGAAACACUGACAGAUGUGACGGUGAUAAGUGCUCCAUCUUCUCCGAGCAAUUUGAGUUCCGUUACUUUGGUCGGUUCUACCGGUUCUGGUUCCGGCUCCGGUUCAGAUCCAAGUUCACACGAGGGUGGAACAUACUCAAGAGGAGUGUCCGAAGAAACCGACACUCCAGUGGCUGCCGAAUCCGCUUCAAAAGACGACGUUCAGUUCACCUACGAAGAUCCGCCGCCACCGUCACCUAAGUCACCUCGUCCCGAAUGGCUGACAAAGUCACCGAAAUCCCCGAGAGGAAGACGUUUGUGCUCGGAAAAAGAAGAUUCCAAUUGGACGGAUGACGAGGCCACGCCACCGGCCGAACUCUAUCACCAUCACUGCGGUCAGCAUAAUAAUCAUCACAAUCAUCACAACCAUCAUUACUCCGAGCAUCGAGCCUCCAUCGCAUCGGCACCUCCGGCUUCGAUGCGCAGUGGUUCGAUUUCGACCAUAACUGGAAAUUAUCUGAUGGGUCGCCGUUCGAUCCAGGAAAACGAAAUGGGAUCUGGUUCUCAGCGGCCAAGUUUUCAACAUGACAGUCAACAGAUAUCGAGCAAGGCUGGAGUUGUUAUAACCAGUUCUCGCGAGAGCAAAAGGAGCAUCGGACACGAACCCCUCUGGAGCAGUACUUCCGGGGCGGCUGUGGCUUUUGCGAUAGCGACUUCAGCUUCCAGUAAUCCACCGGAUAAAGUUCCUGGCCGUUGCAGCGAGAGCGAUGUGAGCGUUAGAAGCGGUUCUUGUAGAGACAAAAAUCGACGCAAAGAAUCUGUUAUGUCAACGGCGGCGACUAUGAGGGUCCUAAAUGUACUAAGACAUUGGGUCUCGAAACAUGCCCAGGACUUUGAAUUGGAUCAGAAACUGAAGGAACUUACCAUCGAAUUCCUAGACGAUAUUACUUACAGUCCAAAUCUUCUACCGGCUGAACACAAAGCUGCUAGCCAACUAUUGAGACUCAUCACAAAGGAGGAACCCGAAAGCAGCAAAAUUAAUCUUGAAAAACUACUCGCACCUCCCAAGAGAGCAAGUAAAGAAAGCAUCGAGACGCUUUCAGCCCUGGAAAUCGCCGAACAAAUGACGUACCUUGAUCAUCAGAUAUUUGUAGCAAUAGCGAGCGAAGAAUUCCUAGGCCAAGCUUGGAUGAAAACUGACAAAGCGACGCGGGCGCCGCAUAUAAUCCUGAUGACCAGGAGAUUCAAUAAAUUUUCUCAACUGGUCGUCUCGGAAAUCAUUCGUCGAUCCAGCAUGGCCUCGAGGGUUGCGGCCAUAGAAAAGUGGGCAGCUGUCGCGGACAUCAGUAAAGUUCUCCAUAAUUACAACGGCGUUCUCCAAAUAUGCGCCGCUUUCACGAGUAGCAGUGUGUACAGGCUGAAGAAAACGUGGGAAAAAGUAUCCAAAACUACCAAGCAGACCAUCGAACGUCUGCAGGCAAUCGUGUCGUCCGACGGUCGUUUUCGAAAUCUUCGAGACGCUCUGCACCGCUGCGAUCCUCCCUGUAUCCCAUAUUUAGGGCUUUAUCUCACCGAUCUUUCGUUUAUCGAAGAAGGAACACCCAAUUUCACCGAAGACGGUCUUCUAAACUUUUCAAAAAUGCGUAUGAUCGCGCACGUUAUCCGUGAGAUACGUCAUUUUCAGCAAACUCCUUACAAAAUUGAGCUGAUAACGAAGGUGACCGAUUAUUUGUUGGAUCCGUCAUUGCUUCUCGAGGAAGAAGAAAUGUAUCGAAUGUCUCUCGAAAUUGAACCACGAACAUCGAGGCUAAGUAGUUCAACUCUUGUUGGUCUCCCAUGUUCCCUUAGUCAGACACCGCCAAAAAAUUAAAAUAAAAUAACAACCGCAGGGACUUAACAGCAGCACUGAAAGAACACAAAAUAACAACCCAUCACUUUUGAAUAAUUCGAUUACAAACUAUCAAUACUUUCGAUCGCUAUCACUUAUUGUAUAUACAUAUAUAAUAUGUGCGUAAGGAAGAUGUUACACAUAUAUAUACAUUAGGGUAGUCUUAUUUUGGGUAUGUUUGAACUUUUCCCGACAAUAGUCCUAAAUCGCUUCAAAAUGUACAAAAAAAAAACUGCUAAAUUGCAGCCCUUAAUAUUAACCCGUGCCGUAAAUAUUUACAACUUUGACUGUGUUAAUAUUUAAAUUAGCAGGUAACAUACCCAAAAUAAAGACCACGCCAAUAUACAUAUAUUUAUUGUAUAUUAAUACACGCAUACAUAAUACUAGAUUUAAAAAAGAAAUCCAAAAAAUGUGAAGACUAUACUAUAUCCAUACGUAAACAUAUUGUUUGUAUAUAAUGAAUAUCAUACACAAGUAUAUAUAGAUAUAUAUACACAUAUAUCAUCAUCCGAAACUAUAUGCGUCUGAGUAUAUGUAUGGAAAAUAUAUGUUAUAUACUUAUAUAUAUCUUAUACAUGUUAUUAAGUUUCAAAGAGAUGAGGAAUAAAUUUUUGUUCUCUUCAAUCCAAAUUAACAAGAGAACAAAAUAUCACAUGAUCCAUUGAUUCAUUUUUCUGCAAUUGUGUAGAACUGAGGUACAUAUACACAUAUUUACCUAUGUAUGUGAGAAAAAAGAUAUAGAGAAAAAAUUAAUCUUCCACUUCUAAUGAUAUAUUUUGGGAAAAAAUCGUAAUUGAAUAAUAAUCGAACUUUAAAAGAAAACACAAAGACACAAUUAUUCAUAAGUUAAUAAUAAUCACAAUAAUAAUCCUAAUCAAACUGGAGCUCAACUGCAGGCAGUAUUAUUACGUACAUAUAUUAUGUAUUAUAUAUUUGAAUAAAAUUUAUCAAAAUUAUUAUCACAUAAAAAAAGAACUAUCAUCACCUCAUGUAUAAUAUAAUAUAAUAUAGAUCUCACACACACACUUAUCUUAGAAAUAACAGUACAUAUUCGUAUCGAGGGCUAAGAACCAGAAGGGCGUAGUUUUAAUUUUUUGGACUUGCAAUUGAUAUUUUCACACUUAUGGUUGUUUAAUUUUAACAGUACGUUUCGAUUGAUACGUACUUUCAGCAGCAUGUAAAGCUUGAAUUUUGUUUAAAUCAUACGGAACCAUCUGCCAGCAGGGAAAAAAAUACCGAAAAGUAAUUGAAAUUUGAAUAAUGUAGUUCAAGAGUUUGUCUUUGUUCACGUCGUAUUCCGUCUGAGCCUCGAUAAUUCUGAUGAUUUGGUGUUCUACUCACUUCUGUGGGUCAGGCCCUUCCAAUGUUUCGCUCUCGAUGUGUAUAAUGUAAGGAUGGAUAACUCUUCGUCUGCACACCAAAUCUUUUAAGACACAGUCUAAAUUUCACUUACAAAUUCUGAGUUUUACAAGAUCGUACAUCUUGGGAUUUUGACUCUUUCAACUCGUGGACAUUUUAAGGAUCCAUACCAAUUUACUAUUAGAUUUUUUAAAUUUCCUCAAACAUUUAUAAAACCUUGAAUGAGCCGAAUUCACUAUAGAUGCGAAAAUGAAUCGGGCAGACGGAGGGUUGAUUAUAAUUAUAUGCUGUAACAUAACCACGUCAAAGAAUACGUUUAUUGUAUUCUCUAACAAUAAACUUUUGGAGAGCGGAAAUAGUCCUAGUCUGCAAAUGAGUGAAAAUUUUCGUUCAAUAAUGUGAAUUUUCACUAUUCAGAGGUGACAUUCCACUCCGAAAACUUCAGGCGGUGUGUUAAAUUAUUGAAGACUAUGAAAAAAAAAAUAGAAAUCACAAGUACGAGACAAAUGGAGAUUGUGUUUGACAAUCAUAAUAAUAUAUCUAAUUGUUAUAUUUAACUUACGCAUAAAAUCUUAACGCGCUAAACUCUAUGUAGAUAUUUACACAAUAUAAUAAUAUGUAGAUACAA